AUGGGGAUCCCCCACAGAUUCCUGUCCCCCAAAGAGGAGUCUCAGUUCCAGCACCAGGGCGCGGUGGAGCUGCUCGUCUUUAAUUUCCUUCUCAUUCUGACCAUCCUCACAAUAUGGUUAUUCAAAAACCACCGAUUCCGUUUCUUGCACGAAACUGGAGGGGCCAUGCUGUACGGUCUCAUAAUGGGAUUGAUUUUACGUUAUGCUACUGCACCAACUGACAUCGAAAGCGGAACGGUCUAUGACUGUGGAAGGCUGGUUUCCAGUCCAUCAACCCUUCUAGUUAAUAUUACUAACCAGGUUUAUGAGUAUAAGUACACAAGGGAAAUCAGCAAACACAACAUCAAUGCUCACCAAGGCAACGCGAUGCUUGAAAAGAUGACAUUUGAUCCAGAAAUCUUCUUCAACGUUUUAUUGCCCCCGAUCAUCUUUCAUGCUGGAUAUAGUUUAAAGAAGAGACAUUUUUUCCAAAAUUUGGGAUCAAUUUUAACAUAUGCUUUUUUGGGAACUGCAAUUUCCUGUAUUGUUAUAGGGCUGGUAAUGUAUGGCUUCGUGCAGGCAAUGGUACAUAUGGGCCAGUUAAGAAAGGGAGACUUUCACUUCACUGACUGUUUAUUUUUCGGUUCGUUGAUGUCUGCCACAGAUCCAGUGACGGUGCUGGCUAUUUUCCAUGAAUUGCAUGUUGAUACUGAUUUGUACACACUCCUUUUCGGGGAAAGUGUGUUGAAUGAUGCUGUGGCCAUAGUCCUCACAUAUUCUAUAUCUAUUUAUAGUCCGAAGGACAACCCAAACACUUUUGAUGCUGCAGCGUUCUUCCAAUCUGUUGGGAACUUCCUCGGAAUCUUUGCUGGAUCAUUUGCUAUGGGGUCCGCCUAUGCUGUCGUCACAGCUCUGUUGACCAAAUUCACAAAACUGUGUGAGUUCCCCAUGCUGGAAACGGGUCUGUUUUUUCUCCUAUCUUGGAGUGCCUUCUUGUCUGCAGAAGCUGCGGGUCUGACAGAAACUGCCACAGCCUCCCCAACCUUUAACAAAUACCACCUUAAUCAGGCAACAGCCAUCAUCAUCGAAGAAAGACUCUCCACCAGCAAAAAAGAUUACAUCUCUUUGAAGGUUCAGACGAUGCUCUUUGAAUUCAUGAACUUCUUGGCGGAGAACGUCAUCUUCUGCUAUAUGGGCCUGGCGCUAUUCACAUUCCAGAAUCACAUCUUUAAUGCUCUUUUUAUACUUGGAGCAGUCUUAGCCAUUUUUAUAGCAAGAGCCUGCAACAUCUAUCCCCUGUCCUUCAUCUUGAAUUUGGGCCGGAAACAGAAGAUCCCCUGGAAUUUUCAGCACAUGAUGAUGUUUUCAGGUCUCCGUGGAGCAAUAGCAUUUGCCUUGGCUAUUCGAGACACAGAAUCUGAGCCCAAACAAAUGAUGUUCACAACCACUCUGCUCAUAGUUUUCUUCACGGUCUGGGUAUUUGGAGGAGGAACCACACCAAUGCUGACAUGGCUUCAAAUCAGAGUCUUUCUGACUCCAGAGCCAGACCUGAAGACAGAAUCAAGCCAGAGUGGUGGAGAUAAUUUGGACAAAAACUCUACAAAGGCAGAGAGUGCUUGGCUUUUCCGAAUCUGGUAUGGUUUUGACCACAAAUAUCUGAAACCAAUUUUGACUCAUUCUGGCCCACCGCUCACGACCACGUUACCAGAAUGGUGUAAUCCAAUUUCCAAACUGCUGACUAGUCCGAAAGCAUACGGGGAUCACCCGAAGGAGGAUGGUACAGACUAUAUCAUAACUCACGACGAACUAGCCAUGAGCUUCGAAGAGCAAGCCCCCUCGCCUUCCAGCCCCUCCGCAGCACUGGGACAGGACUCAAAAGCCUCCCUGAAGACUCCAAACAAGGAAAAUAUUUACGAGGGGGACCUUGGACUAGGAGACUACGGACUCAAGCUUGAACACACUUCUGGUCAAUCCCAGCUGAAUUCACUGGCAUGAAGCACGUGUGCUAGGGGUAAUCACCAAUAAUGCUGGUGGAGGAUUGUGGAGGAAUACAAGCCCCACUGAUUAGACAGAGCUGGGAAGAUGCUUGGAAAUGUAUUAAAAGCAUAAAUUGAAAAGAAUCGAAAUCUUGUCACAUGUAUCCCCCUGGUGCCUGAAGAAAUGAGAAUUUGUGAUCAUUCAUCCAUAAUAUACA